UGCGACAGUGUUGGAGUUCAGUUGUCGCUCAGAAACAGAACCAGAACCUUCGCCUGCAAACAUUCUGACGUUAUUUGCUUCGAUUUCAGCGUUUGAGGGUGUUCCGCUCAGACUCGGAGGACAGGAAGCCGUGAGUCCGUUUAUGUGAUUGUCGUUCCGAGGCGGCUAACGGCUAACGGCUAACGGCUAGCCCCGCUAGCGCUGUGGUGUCACUGACGGGACCGAGACACGGAGGUCCUGGUCCUGGUCCUAAAGUUAAAGUUGUCAAUAGGAGGAGCUACUGAAAGCCAACCUGAAAAUGAGCAGCAGGAAGAACAGUCAGAAGAAGGUGAAUCUGAGUGGAUCAGAGAUGCAGUCUGGGUCAGAUCCUCCAGGAUCUGGACUAAAGUCUGUCAGAAGAUCUCCUCGUCUGUCCCCUCAGGUGAACAGUGAAGCUGAGCCGCAGAGAGGAGGAGGCCUGCAGGAGGUGAAGAGGAGAGGGAGGAUGAAGAUGAUGGAGAGGAGCAGAGAGGAGGAGCUGAGCGACCACCUGAAGACACUGGAUCUGUCCAGCGGUUCAGCAGUUGGUCGUGGGACUGGUCUUGUUUACUCUGAGAAAUUCACUGUCCAUCAGAACCAGUGGGACUCCAGUCACCCGGAGCGUCCGGACAGAGUGACGUCCAUCAUGGCGGAGCUGGACAGACAACAGCUGCUGUCGCUCUGCGUCCAAGUCGAGCCCAGAGAAGCUGCAGAAGACGAGCUGCUGCUCGCUCACACGAAACAGUAUGUGGACUUGAUGAGGUCGACUCAGACGAUGACGCAGACUGAACUUCAGACUCUGUCUAACAAAUACGACUCCGUCUACCUCCAUGCUGAUUCGUUCCAGGUGUGUGUGCUGGCAGCCGGUUCAGUUCUGCAGCUGGUCGAUCGGGUUCUGACCUCUGAACUCAGGAACGGAUUUGCCGUCAUCAGACCUCCAGGUCAUCACGCUCAGAUGAAUGAGGCCAAUGGGUUCUGUGUCUUCAACAACGUGGCGAUUGCAGCUCGAUACGCUCAGAGGAACCACAGCGUCAGCAGGGUGUUGAUCGUGGACUGGGAUGUCCAUCAUGGUCAGGGGAUCCAGUACCUCUUCCAGGAGGAUCCCAGUGUCGUGUACUUCAGUGUCCACAGGUAUGAACGGGGAUCUUUCUGGCCUCACCUGUCUGAGUCUGACAGUCAGUUUGUUGGCAGUGGACGAGCUGAAGGAAGAAACAUCAACGUUCCCUGGAACAAGACGGAGAUGACUGAUGCUGAUUACAUCGCUGCUUUCCAACACAUUCUUCUGCCAGUGGCCUACGAGUUUCAGCCUCAGCUCGUUCUGGUCUCUGCUGGAUUUGAUGCUGCAGUCGGAGAUCCGAAGGGCGAGAUGUGUGUGAGUCCUCAGUGUUUCCACGUUCUCACUCACAUGUUGAUGAGUUUGGCUGAAGGUCGACUGGUUCUCGCUCUAGAGGGAGGUUAUAACCUGCAAGCGACAGCAGAGGGAGCUGCAGCCUGCAUUGCAGCUCUGCUGGGUGGAGCCUGUCCUCCAAUGAAUUCACCCACUGCUCCAUCUGACAGCGCUCUGCAGUCCAUCUCUCAGACCGCUGCAGCUCUGUAUCCUCACUGGGCCUUCCUACAAGUCCUUGGUAGCAGCCACAGUCAGCACCACAUAUUAGCGUUAAUAAUAACAGUUAGUAGCACACUCCGCAAGAACGUGAGUAACGGUGUGGCCAUUGUCCGUCCUCCUGGUCACCACGCUGAGACAGAUGCUCCCUGUGGUUUCUGUGUUUUCAACACAGCGGCACUUGCCGCUCGCUACGCCCAGAGAAUCUCCCAUGAUCCUCUGCUGCGAGUCCUGAUCCUGGACUGGGAUGUUCACCAUGGCAACGGGACUCAGCACAUGUUCGAGGACGAUGAUAGCGUUCUGUACAUCUCUCUCCAUCGCUACGACGACGCCAUGUUCUUCCCGUCUUCAGAGGAUGCCGCCACCAACAGGGUGGGUGUGGCUAAGGGGGUGGGAUUUAAUGUCAACGUGGCAUGGAGUGGAGGACGGAUGGGCGACUCCGACUACCUCGCUGCUUUUCACCACGUUGUCAUGCCGAUUGCUGUCGAGUUUAACCCCGGUCUGGUUCUGGUGUCAGCCGGGUUUGAUGCAGCUCGGGGCGACCCGCUGGGUGGAUAUCAUGUGACCCCAGAGGGAUACGCCCACCUCACACACAUGCUGAUGUCGCUGGCCGGAGGGCGUGUCCUGCUCAUCCUGGAGGGAGGGUAUAACUUGUCAUCGAUCUCGGACUCCAUGACGUUGUGCACAAGUGUGUUGCUAGGAGACCCUCCUCCGGCUUUAGCGAGGCCGCUCCCCCCUCCUCACCACAGCGCCGUGGCAACAAUCAACGAGGUUGUCCGCCACCACGCCCCCUACUGGAGGACCCUGAGGAUACACAUUCCACAGUCGGUGCGGGCAGCCUUGCCGUCCCCGAAGCAUCGUGGGAGACGUAGUUCUAAAGGAAGCAGCAGGAAGUCAGAGCCAAGCGCCAACAACAGACCGCCGCCUGCAGACGACAAAGCUUCCUGUCAGAGAACAGGUCAUCCCAUAACUGGCUCUGUUUCGUCCAAUCAGACGCAUCACAGUCUGGAGCGGCUCACGCAGGGAUUGGCCUGUUUGGACAUCAGUCAAACCUCAGCCAAUCAUAGCCCUUCUACGUCCACACCGGUGGGAGGAGCAAGGCCAAAGGUCUGCUUGAGCGAGGAGGGGGAGCCAGGUGAUCUUACACCUGAGCUCAGUCAAGCAGCAGAGCUGCCUCAGCAGACAGUCGCCAUGGCAAUGCCACAGCAGAAGGCAGAAGGAGCCGGGGAGGAGCCAGAGACGGAGGGAGCAUGCGGUUGGUCGAAGCCUCAGAUGUCUCUGGAGCUGUCCACUCUGUAUGUGAUCGACCCUCUGCCGUGGUGUCCUCACCUGGACGCCGUGAAGCCCCUCCCCCUCUUAGGUAUCAAUGUCCUCCUGCCCUGUGAGGACUGCGGCUCUGAUGCCGAGAACUGGAUCUGUCUCACCUGCUACCAGGUGUUCUGUGGUCGCUACGUGAAUGAGCACAUGGUGUCUCACGGCGUCGUGUCUGAACACCCGCUGGUGCUGAGCUUUUCCGACCUGUCGGUGUGGUGCUACCUGUGUGAGGCAUACGUCCACAACCAGGUUCUGUUUGAAGCUAAAAACGCUGCUCACUGUGCCAAGUUUGGAGAAGAGAUUCCUGCGUGGAGCUGAAGGCUCACGGCGGUGUCUGCCUCCUUCACUGUGAUUGGACGGUUCAGCGCGUUGCCGUGGAUACCAGCGUCAGUGGUGCUUUGUGGGAAAUACUGGUACAGCAUCCCACAGCUGCCAAAAAACUCACUCUGAAAAAAGCAAAAGUCAUGUUUUAAAUUUUGACCUGCAGCUCGGCGGCCAUCUUCAUCCUCAUCCUCAUCUUCACCAGCAGCAGCAGAAGAACAAAAAACAAACUGAAUGAGACUCAAAACUCCACAUUUCUAUGAAGAAAACAAAAAGAGAGAAAUUUUAGAGAAGUUCAAACAUUUUCACUUGUUUUUAUGAAUCAAUACUUUAAAAACUCACAGACUGGAAGAAAAUCGUUCCAGUAAUGAAACCAGUCGAUCAGCAGGAAGCUCUGGAUGGGUUUGGAUCAGUCGAUUUGUUUGGUUCUGAAUUGUUAAAAUUGGCUUGUGAAAGAGCUGUUUUGUGCCUGCUGAAUCGACUGAUUGAUUGGUGUUCGGUAUUGAUCAGAGGAGCUCUGUGCAAUAAGGUUCAGACUGUUUGUACUGUUUGUUCGUCUCGUUGCCAUUAAACUGGGAUCAAUCAGACAGGAUCAA